CUUCUUUCCUCUCGUCCUCGACCUUUUGUUCAGGAAAAAAAAGGUAAGUAAUGCUGUCUGCGCGCCCACCUAACGUCCUCCAAGAACGUACGGACUUCAACUUACGUGCGUUCGCGUCCAAAACACCCGGCCGGCCGGGGACUCAGAAUAUUGGCGGUUUAAAGUCAGCAAUAAGAAAGGAGAAUGCCUUGCGGGCGCCGAUGACAACGCUUGCCAGGAGCAAGGCUACGAUCAAUCUGCUGGAUGAAUCAAUUGAACCAAAGCGAUUGUUUAAAGACUUCCCCGGAAAGCUUCCUGCAGGCAAUGGCCUCUCAGAUGUGACCAACAAAACGCCUGCUCUAAAUAGGCGCCAGCCCUUAGGGUUCAAGACCCCCUUGCCGGGCACAUCAAAGCUCCUGAAGCUUGCUCCUCUCCUCUCCACCUCCAUUGAGUCGGCACCUGCAGCAGAAGCCGCUCCUACGCCACUGCGCGAGCCCCCGCCGUCCGCUCUCAGACCGAGUUCGUCCCGUCGUACGUCCCGGAUAAUACGCUCGGCAAGUAAAAGUUUCGAGACGCCUGCACCGAGCACGAGGAAGCCGCAUUGGGAUGUGAACGAGGACGAGAUCAGUGUGGGGUCAUUGGAGGAUGUCGAGAUCAAGGAAGACGUCAAUGAGGAUGAUGAAUCUGAGAUUGAAUACAUGCCACCGACUGCUUGGAUCGAGCCAUAUGAGGCACCCCUCCCUCUUCCAGACUACAAGGCACUGUGCCCAAAACUAUGGGAGAUCGCGCGCAUGCCUGGGUUUGGUGACCCGAACGAGGAUGUCUUUGACGAUUCUUUCCUCGAGACCUGGGUUCCUGCGGAGUGCCCGCCGGAAGACCUGCAGAUUCCCUUGCGUCCCUUACAGGAAGAGGAGUUUUUUGGUCCACCAUUACAAGCACCCAAAGCAGUUUUUGCACGGAAUACUGCAGUCAGUAGGAUCGCCAAGUCCCCCGCCACCCGUGACAUGUCCCGCAAUACGACACGUCCGAGCGUUCCUCGAUCCCAGGCAACAUCCACCCUGUCUCGUCCGUUACCUCGCCCUGUCCCGGUCAAACCAGCAUCUCGCCCCCAGUCGUUGGCUCUCAACCCCUCUACUCGCACCGGGAUUGCGCAGCGACCUUCUAUCCUGGCUAAGCCUGCCGCUGUCAAAGGACUGACAACGUCCAAACCACUGCGCGCUACAGAGACACCGAAAGCUCCUAAACCAACCGACACGCUGGAAGUCUUCAUGGCUCCACCUGACUUCACGGCUCUGGAUGAUGGUUUCCGGUUUGAUGUUUGAGGGACGAUCGUUUACUUUCUUGUUCUGGUUUGAUGCUUUUAUACUUUGUUUUGUCAUGUGAUCAU